AUGACUGUUACGCUGAUGGGUUUCGCCACCACGGCCACUGGUCGAAUCGAUCUAACCAAAAUGGACAAGCAUUGGAACUUUUCUGGCUUUGAAGAAGCUGACGCUACCGAGCCUAUUGUCGCUGUAUACAUAUGCGCCGACGGUGACCUAGUCGACGGCCAGAAAGUCGUGCCGCGCCGCAAUUCCGACCACGACGCCAUAUUCGACUCAGACGACGACGCGCCGCCCAGUGACACGAAAGAGAGUAGGGAGAGCUCGGAAACACUGCCCAACCACUGGGCUUUGUUCCUCGAGCUCCGGAACGGCGGAGGACGCGCCGUCAGGCUCGAAAUAGCGCCGGGCUGGCAGCCCACGCGGCCUGUCCGCGAAGCCACGGUGCUCGUGAGAUCGCUGACGGCCGAGGACCGCAAGCUACAGUCCAUUGUCCGGUCACGGCGCUUUAGCGUCGUCUCGGAAGGCGACACGACGGUGCAGCAGGUGCUGGAGAGCAUGUGCCACAAGCUACGGCACCGCUAUCUGUUCACGGAGAGCGGCGAGGGGUCGCGGUACUGGGUGUACGCGGUGGUACAGGACCUGGAAACGGCGGAAAUUUUGUGCGAGGGCGAGGCGGACGCGGUGGAGGACGAACUGAGCAUUCGGUGGGAGAGUGGCGGCGUCAACAAUGGCCAGAGGAGGAUCCGGCGAGGCAUGUUUACGGAGUGGAUAAUACGGGGGGAGGAGAGGAAGGGGAUAUGGCUCUGA